AUGUCGCACAAGGGCAACAGCGGAAAGGGCAAGAAAUCCUCAAAGUCAGGGCCCGAGAGCAAGAGCGAGGAUGUUCUCCAAGCGGUUUGUGCUACUCAGGUUCUCGCCGACUCCUUUCAAGACCGGUUCAAGCCUUUUACCACGGAGAAGCCAAGAUGUCUCCUCCCUCUCGCAAACACUCCUCUUAUCGAGUACACCCUCGAGUUCUUGGCCAUGAACGGCGUUAACGAAGUCUACAUCUACUGUGGUGCUCACACCGAUCAAGUCGAGGACUACAUCAGCCGAUCUCGGUGGUCAACAGCCGCUCGCACAUCUCCAUUCUCCCACCUUCAAUUUGUUCGAGUCUCCGACGCGCGAUCAACUGGCGAUGUUCUUCGUGAUUUGGACAAGCGAUCACUGGUUGACGGUGACUUUAUCCUUGUCCAUGGAGAUCUCGUUUCCAACAUCAUGCUCGACAGUGCUCUGGCGGCGCAUCGAAAGCGCAGGGAAGACAGUGCAGCCAACAUCAUGACUAUGGUGUUGCUCAGUGGUGGAGAGGGCGAUCACCGAACAAAGACAAACGGAAUCACGCCUGUUUUUGUGGUCGACACAAAGACCCAGAGGUGUCUUCACUACGACGAAAUGAACCCUCUGGCAAGCGAUCGAUACAUGUCACUGGACCCGGCUGUUGUGGACGAGCUAUCAACUGAAUUUGAGAUUCGAUCCGACCUCAUUGAUGCACAGAUCGAUAUUUGCACACCCGAGGUACUUGCGCUUUGGUCAGAGAGUUUCGACUAUGAACUUCCCCGGCGAAAUUUCCUGCACGGUGUACUCAAGGAUUGGGAACUGAACGGCAAGAUGAUCUUCACGGAGAUUUGUGAGGAGGGCUACGCGGCAAGAGCAAGCAACCUGCAACAGUACGAUUCUGUCAGCCGUGACGUUCUAGACCGAUGGACGUACCCCUUCAUCCCGGAGUGCAACAUCGUGCCUAAACAAUCGUACCAGCGUCAUAUGCAUGGUGUAGUGGCCGAACAUGGUGCAUUCUACGCAAACGACGCCAAGAUCUCAAACUCAAUUAUCGGACGUGACAGUAACAUCGGGUCAGGAAGCAACAUCUCCAACAGUAUAAUUGGGAGAGACUGCAAAAUCGGUGCAAAUGUCGUGUUGGUGGACUCUUUCAUCUGGGACGACACCACAAUUGAGGAUGGUGCAAGAAUAUACCGGUCAAUCGUGGCAGACUCAGUAACCAUUGGCAAGAACUCAUCUAUAGCCGAAGGCGGUCUGAUCGCAACCGGAGUCACUGUUAGUGAAAGCUCUUCUCUUCCUACGGAUACUGCCGUAUCUUGCAUCGACUAUGACGGCAACCCCUUGACCCCUGACACAAAGCUGCUUGGUCCCAACACCAAUGCUGCCCUCUUCAUGGACCCUGAAGAUGAGGAGCUGGAUGAGAGAGACCCAUCUCAACUACAGAAGAGCCUCAUUUACAACUUGGCUCAGUUCAAUAUAUCCACCUCAUCCGUGUCAACACUAUCUUCUGAAAUAUCCGAGGAUAUACAUGACGAAACUUCACUACAUGUUGACACCGACGACCCAUCUCGCCGUACUUCAUUUGUCUCUGACGACGCCGGUGACAAAUUGUCUUUCCACAACGAGGCUGUCCAUGGGCUGGUCGACGCUUUGCGCGCCGAGUCUGGUGAUUUUGACUCGGCCAAGCUCGAGUUUAUGGGUUUGCGCCUUUCUAACGACGCUUCGGAUGCUAUGAUGCGUCGCGCUGUGGCCUCCGCCUUCGCCCGUCGUGCAGUCGAGCUCAUGACCCCCGAGUAUGGCGGUCUCGAGCCCAGCAAGGCUGCUGAGCGUGCUCUUAUCGCUCGCCAAGGUGCAACUAAGUUCAUCAACGAAGUUGGAAUUGGUGGUGAGGAUGACAAUGAGUCUGAGCAAGUCGAGUUUAUCAUCGCACUCCAGAAGGCACUCACACGAGCUCAUGGGCCUGAACAAUCCCGUGUUGGCAUUCUCCUUGCCGCAAUGCUACAGCAGCUGUACUCCCUUGAUAUUCUUGAGGAGGAAGGUAUUCUGGGUUGGUGGGAGAACGAACGUGCUGUUGAUGGCGAGGGCAUGGCCCUACUAAAAGAGAAGUGCCGCGUGUUGGUGGAGUGGUUAGAGACCGCCGAGGAGGAGGAUGACAGCGAUGAUGAAUAG